UCGGCUCCGGCGCGGCGGCGCCCGGCCGUCGCGAGCUCGCGGCCUUGGAGGCGCUCGUCCUGCCGCUGCCGCUGGGUGUCCUCGCGCCUCUCGCCACUUCUCUCAUCCAUGGAAUACGCGGGGUCUGGAGAACCUUCGGCCUAAAAGAAUUCACUUUCGGGAGAGGAGUGGAGUAUCCCCACAGGUUCCACAGGGCCGUCGGGUGCCGCCGCCGGCGAUCGGAGAGGAAGAAGGGACCAGCGAGAUCGUCUGUCAUCUGCUAUAAACAAUUUACGAAUCAGUCCAAGUAUAUUUACAAAUACCCCCUGAUUCGGAUCGCGAUUACUAUCCGCGAUCCGUAUAUUUACAACUACACCCCUAUCCGCGAUCCGAAUAUUUACAAAUACACCCCUUAUUUGGAUCGCGAUUGUCCGCGAUCCGAUUUUCCACAUAUUGGUCCCUCGUUCUUCUCGUUCCCUCCCAUGUCCAUGGCCACGAUUCCCUCUGCCGCCGGCGAGACGGACAUGCGCCUGAGCUGCGGCCGGCUGUGCAAACCGAUCUUCCGUUCGCACCUUGCCCCCAUAUCGACCAUUCCGGUGCUCCUCCUCUUCUCCUCCGCCAAAUCAUAUCUGCUCCGCUUCUUCCUCCCUUCUCCGUCUCCGGCGGCUGGGUGCCCCGCACGGAGUCUCGACUGGGCUUGAGGGGGCGAGAGGUUCAUUGGAGGUCCCUUCCCGCCUCCGAAUCCCGCACCCGGCCUCCUCCGACCCGCCCUACCCCGAGAGCCCCCUCAUCAAGCAAUGCAGCGCCGAGUACUGGCUCCUCGCCUCCCUCGACACGGCAGCGACGGGCGCUGUGAGGGUCGUCACAGACUGAGGGAUGCCGAUGUCAUGUCGUGUUCGUGCCCUUCUUCGCGACGCGGAGAGCCGGAGAUGGAGCUCGGGUGGGGAACCAAGGGUGCGUUCCGCAAGGAGGACGGCAAAGUCUCACCUCAAAGUCAAGUCAAUGUCGCAAGUCAAUACGCGCCAUGGAAAUUCAGUGGAACAUGGUAUCGAAUAUCAACGGAGGCUACCAGACGAUGAUGCUGCUAGCACAGCCAGCCUUGCGGGGAAGACGAGAGGACGAACCGAGACAGCAGCUUCCUCCCCGGCGCUCCUCCUCCUCCUCUCGCAGUCGUCUCCCAAUUCGAUCAGAUGGUGGAGCGCAUGCCCGCCGCCGGGGCCGGGAGCGGGAGGGCGCGGCGCUGCGGCUUCGUGGUGUGGCUGCACGGCCUGGGCGACUGCGGCCGCGCCAACGAGUUCAUCGCCGAGCACUUCUCCGCCGCCGCCUUCCGCGACACCCGCUGGGCCUUCCCCACCGCGCCCACCGCCGCCGUCACAUGCAACCGCGGCGCGCUCAUGCCCUCGUGGUUCGACAUCCACGGCGCGCCCAUCACUUCGAAAUCCGUCAGGGAUGAGGAGGAUGUGCUGCGAGCUGUCCAGAUUGUGCACACUAUGAUCGACAGGGAAAUAGCUGCUGGAACAAACCCGGAAGACGUAUUCGUUUUUGGCCUGAGCCAAGGAGGUGCCCUGAGCAUAGCAAGCGUGAUGACGUACCCCAGAACUCUGGGCGGUUGCGCAGUCUUCAGUGGCUUUCUCCCCUUCGACUCUUCUUCCUUCGCAGCGAGAGUAACAGACGACGCAAAGAAGACACCCGUUUUGUGGAUCCAUGGGGAAGCUGACUCGCUGAUCCCGAUCCAGGAAGGGCGAGACGGAGUGAAAUUCCUGCGAGGGCUCGGCAUGAUCUGCGAAUUCAAGGCAUACGACAGGCUCGGGCACACGCUGGCGCCGCACGAGCUGGAGUACUGCGAGCGAUGGGCGUCGGAGAACAUCCUCAGCGAACACAGAGAAGAAGAAGGCCUGAAGCUAAAGAAGGGUGGCCUUCCGGGGAGCAAGUUCUUCGGCGGAGUGUUCAGCUGCUUCUCCAAAUAGCCGCCGUCUCAGUUGCAUUAAGCCAUCAAGUGAUGUAGUAGUAGAAACUGACGCAAGUGCCUCAUCGUGUCUCUGCGAUUGUAAUUUUCUUCAUCCCUUUUUUAUGUGACCGAAUGAUUCCCCAUUUUUUCUCGCGGAUUAAAAUCGGUGAUUGCCAUUGCCCAA